GGCAUAGCAACCCCACCUCCCGGUUAUUUCAUCUUCCUUACAAGGCUUAAGCCAGAAGCUUUCCUCUGCGCCUGGCUCCCUUAAAAGCAGGAGAGCAAAUCCCGAGGAUCCCGGUGGAGCAGGCGGCAUGUGCAGCUGAUGGAGAAGGAGGCGCUGGCAUGAGCCCUGUGGAAAGCACAGAGAGGAGGCUGGUGCUCUCCAGAGAAGUGUGACACUAACCUGUGAAUCCUAAACCAGGUGUCCAGUGAUGCAGAGCUUCUAAAGAAACAUGAGACCAAACCCAAACAGAAAUCACUGAGGGGGAAAAAGUGCAACAUGAGAGCUAAAAUGAAAAACUGGCCUGUGGAGAAGAACUGAGGAAGCUCUGACAGACCUUGAAGACAGAGGAUUAGUAGACAAGUCCUGCAGAUUCUCAUCAAAGGCUUUGGCUCAGCUUUCCAGCCUGUGCAUGCAGAGCUGUGGGUUCAGCACUCAAGGAUGGAGGUGCUACGCCGCUCCUCAGUCUUUGCUGCAGAGGUGAUGGAGGUUUUUGACAGGUCUCCCACUGACAAAGAGCUUGUGUCCCAAGCCAAGGCUCUCUGCAGAGACUACAUAAACUCAAGGCUGAUUCAGGCAGGUGUCAGCUGGAGCAAACCCGAGUACAACGCGCCAGUGCCCGGGGGGAAGCUGGCCGAGGUGUCCACCAUACUGCUGCGACUUGGGGAUGAGCUGGAGUACAUUCGCCCCAAUGUCUACCGGAACAUCGCCCGCCAGCUGAACAUCUCUCUGCACUCUGAGACCGUGGUGUCUGAUGCCUUCCUGGCAGUGGCUGCACAGAUUUUCACUGCAGGCAUAACGUGGGGCAAGGUGGUGUCCCUGUACGCCGUGGCAGCCGGGCUGGCCGUGGACUGCGUGCGGCACGCGCAGCCAGCCAUGGUUCACACCAUCGUCGACUGCCUGGGAGAGUUCGUGAGGAAGACCUUGGUGACGUGGCUGAAAAGGAGAGGAGGCUGGGCAGACAUCACCAAAUGUGUGGUGAAUACUGACCCCAGCCUCCGCUCCCACUGGCUCGUGGCUGCUGUUUGCAGUUUUGGGCACUUCCUCAAGGCCAUCUUCUUCGUCCUGCUGCCUGAGAGAUGAGUCUGACUUGCCAAGCACAACCCCCCUUGCCCCAUCUUCUCUCCCACUCCAGAAGCAAUUGGAGAAGUAAUUCCAGACUGGUUGUGGCAACCUCUGAAGAGGAGGAAGAGAAGAACUGGGACACAAAAAAGGCUUGUUCUCCUCUCCCAUCAAGCAGGAGCAGAUGAUCAACCACAGUCUCCUUUUUGCAACCACACCACAUUAAUCCUUCCAAGAAUCUUGUUUCCCUGGGUAACUUGCAUGUGUGGCCUGGGUGUAGCUGGUCCCUGGGCACGCUGGUGGCAGCUGUGUGCAGCAUGGGACUGGCAGAUGGCUGCUCCUUACUGCUGUGUUGCAUGUUUAUGCUAGCACCAGGCAGAGGGGAGGAGGAAGGGAAUAUUAUUUGAAAUGGGAUAAAAAAAAUAGGAGAGGGGGAAGAGUCCCUCCUUCACUCCAUGUGAUUUCCCUUUCAGUCCUCAGACUUGCCUUGUGUUGAUUCUUGUUGUUACAUUUGUGCUUCAAUUCAUCUCCUCCUUUAUCCCUGACUCACAUGCUGGGCUCUGCCCCAGCACAGCAUGGUGGGUUUUUAACGAGAUAAAACCAAAUAAUCUGUCAACAGAUGCUUCUCCCUGACAUGUGCUGGACAUUGGUCUGAGUAGCUGUGUGAGGGGCAGGAUGAGAGGGCAGUGUGUGUUUUGUUGACCCCUCUUACUGCACUCAUCCCAGUCAAACAGGAGAGCAAGGGGCAAUGCCUUCAAGCAACAACACAGGAUGGAAUUUCAUCAUGAAGAAAAAUGGUUUUUCCACUGAGAUUCUGUCAGAGCUAAGCAUGUAAGUAGGAAAGGCUGGGGGCAUGGGCAGAAAUAGGGAAGCAGCAAGUGGCAUUGUAAAAGCAGUGAGCUGUGCUGGAAGUAGCUGAUGUAUGUCUCUCCUUUAAUCUCUUUGAAGUACAACUCGUAGACUUCUUUGUGGCAAACAAUAAAAGAAAAUAAGUGAUAUUUCA